AGACAGGAUCAGGAGGAGUGCUGAGAUGUUGGAAAAGAAGAAGUGGAAAUUAAGCCGCGUUUCUUCCAACAUUACAUUUUCAGAUCUUUCAGUAACAGUUCCAGCCGGAAAUGAGAAUUGCAGGUUAUUGCAUCCUUGUUGCGCUUCGGUUGGCCCAGAUGGCAGUAUCUCCAGUCUACUCUGUCCGCACGUUCGUGAGCUUCGGCCGUUCCCUCACUCUUCCCUGCGAUGGAGACCCCAGCAGGGAUGUGGAUUGGUUGUUUAAGCAGGAUGAGCUUCCUCGUUGGCUUUUUGUGGCCCAACUCCACACCGGAGCCUUUUCCUCUGGAAACGGCUUCCAGGGACGGGUGGAAUCCUUCCACCUAACAGAGCCAGGAAACUACAGCCUCACCCUCAGUCCUGUGGUAUACAGUGACCUCGGCAUUUACAAGUGCCAGUACAAGGAUGAGACUGAGAUCCUUCUUUCAGAUGUGAAACUAGAAAUUAGAGUCCCAUCAAAUGUUUCCAUAGCGAUGGGAAUGUCCGCCAGUCUUCCUUGCUUUGGGAAAAUUAAUAUGCAAGCACAUGCUGGUGAUCUGGAUAUCCUCUGGAAGAGAGGUGGAGAGAAAGUUUACCAGAUCCAUAAGAACACCAUCACAUAUGGUCCCAGGUUCGAGAACAGAGCUUCAGUUUCCCCAGAACAAGCCCUCUAUGGAAACAUGUCUUUAACCAUCGGACAGACACGGUUUUCAGAUGAAGGCGACUACCAGUGCUUCUACAACAGUCCGAAAGAGAUGGGGAAUCCAGAUUCUGCCAGUCUCGUUGUGACAGGCCACCCUCCCCAGACCCUCACAGUGAAGGCCGGUGGUUUGCUCUCCAUACCGCUCUAUACCGCAGACCCAGUGAGGGUAACAUUCAGUGCCCUUGGUUCAGAUGAAGUGAUGAUGCUCGAUGCAAAUAAAGGCCCAGCCAGGUACGGGAAGCGUUGUGCUCAGAGAUGUGAGCUUCUGGCCCAGAACUACACCCUUUUGCUGAGGAGUGUGACACUGGAGGAUGCCGGAGUCUACAAGGUGACCGAUCCUGAGACCAAGAAGACCAUCAGCUCAGUCUCUCUGCAUGUCUCAGCCUCUGCGGGACUCUCUGCCGGAGCAGUGGCUGGGAUAGUGGUGGGAGCGAUGGUGUUGCUGCUGGUUCUGGCUGGCAGUGCCUUUGCAGUCUGGAAGUUCUUCAUGAAGACAGGAAACUUUCGAAAUGUAGUUCAUUUCCGUACAGCCAGAACAGAAGAUCACUAAGGUUCCAACAGCAGAGCAGCAUGCAUUCUGUUUCCUGACAGCCAUGAACCCCCUCUCUGUGUACUGUAGGGCAGUUAUAAGUUGUUUCACUGCAGUCCUCUCUCUGAGGGCUCAAAUGCUUUAUUUCUGCAUAAGCUCCCAAAUGAGUCUGUGUCUGUCACUUUCAAUAUUCCAACACUAUUUUCCACUUCCCUUCAGGAUCGCCAGACCCCUCAUGCCAGAUACCCAUAAUUCUAAGACACUGAGGGGGAUUAACAACCUCCUUGCAUGUAGAGGAGGCAUAGUAAGGACUGUUCAUUCGCUGUUAACCACACUAACGGUGUGAACCCCCAUGGUGUGAUAGCUUUGUGCUGUGCCAACUCGACGCCUAGAUAAUUGCUGUGUAUCCCUAUAGAGCACCACUGGCGACUAGCGGGCACCGUCAGUAUUUCAAGGCCGCUCCAUUCACACCAGCGAAUGGAGGAAAGUCUAAUUGAAUAAUUAGCAAAUACAAUUACAA